GGUGAGGAUGAUGGUCUCAGGGCCAUCUGGGAUGUAAACGUUGACGAGGUCCUGAGCGUUGAAAGCAUAAACUUGGCCUUGACAGGCAGCCACGAUGGAUGGGGGGAGGACGGGAAGGAACCUAGUUCACGCGUUCGUAAGGACAAGCACCACCCGCUAAAGUGCAGAUGCUGA